GCAUUUCAUAAAUUUAGAAGAGAGAGUAAAAUCGAAGAGCAAAUUGAGAGAGAGAGAGAAAUGGGAAGGGAGGUCUCGGAGAGCUGCGUGGACAGUCUACUAACGGAAAUGGUGUCCGCUUAUUGCGAUCGGUUCUAUGCCAACAAGCCAGAGCUCGCCGCCCGUCGGAUCGAGGCCAUUGGCUUCCAGGUCGGCCACCAGCUAUCCGAACGGUAUACAAUGGAGCGGCCUCGGUUCAGUGAUCAUCUAGAGGCAAUCAAGUUUAUCUGCAAGGACUUCUGGUCCGAGCUUUUCAAGAAGCAAAUUGACAACUUGAAGACCAAUCAUAGAGGUACCUUUGUAUUGCAAGAUGAUCGGUUUCGUUGGCUUGCACGCAUGUCAGUUGAUCCAUCAUCUGAGGAUGGAGAUUUAUCUCAGGAUAAUUCUGCAGGUACGCCCGAAAACAAGGCAGCACAAGCUACAAGCAUGCAUCUCUAUUUCCCAUGUGGAAUUAUAAGGGGGGCUCUUUCAAAUCUUGGAAUUCCUUGUGCAGUUUCUGCGGAUAUAUCUAAUCUUCCUGCAUGUUCAUUUGUAGUUCGCAUAAAGGCCUGAUGAGCACUUAGAAGCUCCGGCUUAAGACUGCAGUUUGAAGUAUCAGCUUACUGCAUAAAUUAGGGCAUGCACAUCUUCCCGUUUUCCUUUUGCACAUUAGUUGCUUGAUGUGAGAAUUUCUGUCCCCCAAUUCAAACUCAGGAAUAUUUUGGGAGGAACCUCUGUUACCUGUUAUGGCUUUGAAUUUCAGAUGCAGAGACAUUAUAGAGGCUAGGAUGAUUGAGAGAUUGUUUUUUAAAGUGAUUAGAAAUUCACUCGCUGUAGUACAAGAAGGUGAUCGCCAUGAUUAGAAGGCUAGGAUGUGAUGUAAUAAUAAAUCAUCAACUGGGCCUGGCGAGGUAUGAAAUGAUCCAAUUAUUAUCCAUAUGCAUAUUGUGAUAUUUUAACAUAUGAAAGGAGCAUGCUUUAUCUAGUUGUUUACCAUGUACUUAAUUAUGACGAUUGAGUUGUACUGUGAAUUAUUUCGCAUUGAUUUGGAAUUUUUAUGGAUUGGAUUAGCCUUCGUAGUGUGA